AUGCAAAGCACCAGCAGAAACACAAGCAUAAGCACCACCACCACACCCACCACCACCCACCACCUACCACUACCAUCAUCAUCAUCAUGGAAUCAUAAGAACUCAGAACCAGAACCACCACCACCACCCACCCCACCCACUGCCACUCCAUCACCAUCUGCAUCACACCAACCAAAACUCAGAAAAUCAACAUCAUCAUCGUCAUCCUCAUCAGAACCCAGAACUCAGAUUCAGAACUCAAACUCAGACAAACAAGAACUCAACUCAGAAAAUCAUCAUCAUCAUCAAGAACUCAGAAUCAGCAACGACAAUACUCCAAAUUCAAAUUUCAGCAACAACAAUAAUUCACAGAAGAAGAAGAAGCGGCGGGCGGCGGUGCGGCGGUGCAGCGGUGGGAGGGGAGAAAGAGAGCAAGCAAGAUCUGAGGAGAGAGAGAGAGCUCGGGAGCAGAGGAGAGAGAGCUCGGGAGCAGAGGAGAGAGAGGGGAAACUCGUGCUCAUCCACCGCCGUGCCUCUGCCGCCGAGAAACGCCGCCGCCGCCACUGA